AUGGAAAAGAAUGACCACCUAGAAGGCUUGGCACGGCCAAUACCAAUGAAAACGCCGACCUUAUCCAUGGCCGACUUCAUCGGUCAAAAUGGCGGAUUCAAUGCGGCGCUUUUGCAGGUCUAUCAAAGUUUGGCACAGAUGCAUAAUUUGAAUCAGAGUGACAUGGUUUUACCACAAUGUAAUGUACAAAGGCCUGUGUUUGAAGACGAUUCUGGCAAUGAGACCAUUUCAGUUUGUACUGGCUCUACUUCAUCAUCAAGGUAAAGAAUGGGCUGGAAAGAAAGUUCUUGCGGUUUUCAAAAAAUGAGUUUUGUAAAGAAAGUUCCUGCGGUUUUUUGAAAAAUGAGUUUUGUAAAGAAAGUUCUUGCGGUUUUUGAAAAAUAAGUUUCGUAAAGAAAGUUUCUGCGGUUUAAAAAAAAAUUCUGUAAAGAAAGUUUCUGCAAACAAUUUUCCAAAGUAAAUUUUAUACCUAAACAUUGGGUUUUUAGCUUUGAAAUUUUUUGGUCUCUGCAGCCUGCGGGUGUCAAGUUAUACGAUAAGUGAAGUUUUGCUUUGUAAAGAUAGUUCUUGCAGUGCGUGAUAAAAAUAAUGUAAAAAAAGUUUUUGCGGUUUCUAAAAACGUUUUUUUAGCAUAUUUUAUACCUAAAUUUAGUUUUUUGGCCUUAAGAUCUCAAUUUGGAUUCUGCAGCCUUCGGGUGACAAGUUAUACGAUAAAUGCGUUUAUAUGGUAUUGUAAAUAAAGUUUUUGCCGUUUUUUAAAAUACUUUAAAUUUAGAUCAAACUCAAUGUCAAAUGACCAACUAUUGCUACGAAAGCGAGAGAAAGCUAGACUUUUGGCUUUAAAUCAAAUUUCUGAAAAUACAGUACCACCUACAGUAGCCCCCACUAUGCCUAUUUUACUAUCUGCUGAAAGUUAUGAAGUACCUACUGUACCAGCAUCUACUACACCUGCCGUACCAUCUACAGUAUCUCAUACUCUACCUACUGAAAUAUCUACACCAACCCGUACUCUAUCUUCUACAGUAACUCCCACAGUACUUACAUCAUCACAUACGGAGCCCUUUAAACAUAUAAAGAAAGAAAAUGAGCAAACUAAUACUGUAACAAAAACUGAAGAAGUAUCAACAGUACCACAACCAACUCAUCUUUUACCAAACAGCUUUGUUGGGGGUACUGUAACAUCAGAUAGAACACAAAAUUCAAAUAUUGUAACGCCUUUCACUACUCCUAAAAGGGAUACGGUUGAAGCGAAGCUUGAGACCUCUAAGGGUACUGUAGAAAAUCAACCAUUUCAAGGUAUGGAUGCAUUUUCACAGUAUAUGAGUCUACAACUGCUACAACAAUAUAACCAAAGCAGAAGUGCUGAAGAACGAUGUAAAACACCUACUCAACUAAAUCAAACUGGUACUACUUCUACUACGAGUUAUCCUGAGACUCCUACUAGUGUACAGGCGAAGCAAAACAAAGGUAAGGCACCUACCUCUACUCCUACAAUACCUCUACCGUACCUCUUCCCUACCUUUACUCUACUCUUACUGCUAACCCUGCCACUUCCUUUGCCCAUACUGAUGUUAUACUUGUGCUACCUCUAUCCCAGUAUACUUCUAUCCUUAGUUCUACUCUUACUGAUACUAAUAGUACUAGCAGUACUUCUACCCCAACCCUACCUCUACUCUAACCCCCCCCCCACUCCCUUUUUUUGCCUGUCUGGUGGUAUCGGUACGCUUACUUCAGCCCUACUACAACUUAUACUCCUUCUCUUACUCUUAAUAGUGCUAGUGGUACUCCUGCCUCAGCCCUAAACCUACUCUCAGAACCUCAGCCCCAACCCUACUGUCCUCCUGUCUUUGCUUUUACUAGUACUAGUGGUACUCUUGUCCCAGUCUCCUUCUACCCUUGCCUUUACCCUUACUAAUACUAGUGGUAGCUCUACCCCAGCCCGACUUCUACUUGUACUGGUACUAGUGGUACUUCAAUCUAGUCCUAAUAGUACUCUUACCCUUAUCUUUGCCCUUGCUGCUACUAGUUGUACUCCUACCCAAGCCCCGUUACUACCCAUACUACGUCCCCUACUCUUACUGGUACUAAUGGUACUCAUACUCACACUGUACUUCCACUUUUACUGGUUCUAAUGGUACUCAUACUCGCACUGUACUUCUACUCUUACUGAUACUAAUGGUACUCAUAUCCACACUCUACUCCUAUUCUUACUGGUACUAAUGGUACUCAUAUCCACACUCUACUCCUACUCUUACUGGUACUAAUGAUAAGAUUGAGACUCCUUUCCCAGCCCUACUCCUACACUUACUACUGCCUUUUCUCUUUCUAAUACUAAUGGUACUAGUGGUACUCUUACCCCUUUAGUUACUGCCAUUAUAAAAGAUAUAUCUUAUCAUUACAGUAGCCUUCAGAACAAUAUCUGCUUUUCCUACUCUACUUACACACUACUGUAACAUCACUUUAUUAAACUUGUUCCCCCCCCCCCUGAACCAUCAAAAUUUAAAAAAUUAUUUUUCAGUCGAAACCCCCACCCAACCAUCAAUUCAACAACAAAUACAACCCUCUCCAACAGUGCCAUUCGUACCACCUUCACUAAUGAUGCCAAACUACCCCCAAAUGCCUCCAAAUCUACCCCACCCAAUGUUAUACCAGCCCUACCAACAAUACACAGCUCCAGGUCCAAUGAUGAUGAACUACAACUCGUUACCUCAACUCUUUCCUUAUAACAUGGGCUUUCCAAUGAUGUUCCCAAUGAAUGAAACCUGCAAGAUCUGCAACGACCAGUCGAGUGGAUAUCAUUAUGGCGUUCAGAGUUGUGAAGGCUGCAAGGUAGGGCAAUUUUAACAAUGGGAGAAGAGAAAAAAGGGGUUAGAAGAAGGCGGGUAAAAAUUUAUUUUUUUGAGGUUUGGGGAAGAGUGGGAAAGAAGGGGAUGAGGGAAGAGGAAGGUAGGGCAGAGUAGAAAAUUGAAUUUUAAUAAGCGCGGUAAAAAAAGUUUUUUGUAGUGGAAAUAUGGGGUUAAUGUUUUUUUGAAGCUACUUACCUCAAAUUAAACAAAAAUAUCAAAAAAAAAAUGGAAAAAAAAUUGGGCGGGGUAAAAAUUUUUAAGGGGGUGGAUUUAUUUCAAAAUUUUUUUUUCGGUGAGGGACAGAAGAGGAAUAAAAAAAAUAAUCGUCUGAUCGUAAAAAACCAAAAAAAAAUGAAAAAAAAUUGGGCGGGGUAAAAAUUUUUAGGGGGUGGAUUUAUUUCAAAAAUAUUUUUUGAGAGGGAAAAAAAACAAAAAAAAAUUUUUAAAAUUACUUGCCUAAUACUAAAAAAUCAAACAAGAAGUGAAAAAAAAAUUGGGCGGGGUGAAAAUUUUUAGGGGGUGGGGUGUAUUUCGAAAAUAAUACAAUUCACAUAACUUAUCAAACAAUUCACAUAACUAGUUUUUUUUAUUUUUUUUGGGCGGGGUAAAUUUUUUUUUUAAUUUUGGGGUAUAUGUUUUAAUUUUCUUUCAAUUUUUUUGUAAAAAACGUCAUUUCUAGGGCUUUUUCCGCCGUUCCGUGCAAAAAAAGACCGCUUAUCAAUGCAACCGUGACAACAAUUGCAUGAUGAACAAGCAGAGUCGCGUUCGUUGCCAAAGUUGCCGUCUAAAGCGAUGCCUCGAGGCAGGGAUGAAGCCAGAGUGUGUGAAGCAGGACCGUUCGAAAAAAAAUGACAUCGACCCUGAGAAUGUGAAGCAAGUCGAACUCAACCGGUCGAUAAAGCUGGCUUAUGAAGCUGCUUUUGGGUCGAAAGGUUUAGGGAAUGUUCAAGAGGUUAGCAACGCUUUGUUCCAAUUCAUCGACAACAUUGAUGGACUGAGAGGGCUGGUACAGAAUGAUAAGCAGCUGCUGGUUAAGGAAAGGGGCAUGGCUGUUUUGGUAAGGGUUUUUAAAAGUUUUUUGAACUUGAUAGAGUUAGGCAUACUGUAGGGUCAGAACAGUGCGUACUGUAUGGUAAGAACAAGGUAGGGUAGGGUAGAGUAGAGCCCGGUAGGGUAAGAUACAGUAGGGUAUUGUAGGGUAGGCUCAGUUAUACACUUAUUUAUCAAAAAAUGAAAAAAAAACCAUUUUUUCCACAAACUUUUGGACCAAAAACCUAUAUUUUAAUUUUCCAGAUUCUCCGAGCCGUCUACAUUGACCAAACCCUUCAACCACUGUGCGACCAACUCAAAUUGGCCUCAUUUUUGACUUCAAAACCUAAGGGCAUUGAAAAACAAAUUCAUGCCAUCUCAGCACUAGUACUCACUUGCGGCGUACUAACCGGUCUCAGCAGUGAUGGUGCCAGUAUUGUAGUACCAUUUGCCGACUCAUUGUCCGGCUGUGUCUAUAGCCAUAUUUCAAGCUCAUACACGUUUAACAUGGGCACCGACAGCUAUAUGAAAUUACUGAAUACUUUGGCUUCAUUGUACAAUUAA